AUGAAAACCAUGAAGAAGUACAGCUUGAAUAGCGAGCUCUUGAAGGAUAUCGGCAGCGCGGCGAUCCGGCUGGAGGCAUAUCCGGUGAUGCGCACUGACGUAUCGGUCUCCAGCGAUCACCUGAGGCCAUUUGAGAGUCCCAUCGACAUGACCCAAACCCCUGCUCAGGCUGGUCUGAUUCCAGGGGACGUGUUCUACAUGACGUCCCACGAGUUUGGAAUGCGCCCAUCUACCCUUGUGGACUUUGUGGACACCUGUGACUAUCUGCUCUUGGAGGACGCCAGCCAGAUGGACCGCUGCAUGCGCCUGGCAGACUAUGGGAUAGACAGGGAUUGUGUCAUCGAGUUGAUAAUAAAGAGGCACUGCAGCAACGAGUCGAAUGUGGGCUUUUACAGACCGCGAACGAUGAAGCGUGUGCAGCAGCAGUUCAGGGAUAGCGUGGGGCUGGCCUUUUGGGACACCCGACACCCGGAGUGCGCUUUUGUGUCCAUGCUAAACACAAUACAGUACAAGGCGAUUGCUGGCCGGGACCUCCCCCAAUCACGCCUGGCUGGGCCAAAGCGCUUUGGGCACCGUCAUUUUGACGUGCUGGACGAGGUUUUGCUGACUGAUGCCGCGCUAGCCCAGUUUCGGGCAGAGUUGGAGGCGGAUGAGGUGCUAGAGUGCGUGGCAGACGUGAAGGAGGUGGACGGGCCGUUGCUUGAGCGGAAUCUGUGCAAUCGGUGUGCGGACCGUGCGUGCUGCAACGAGCUGUUACCCUGUCGCCACAAGCUGUGCGCCAAGUGCACGGGAGCGCUGACACAAGGGAAUGUGCUGUGCCCAAUAUGCCUGCAGAACGUGGACGAUGUGAGGACGUGGUCGGAGACAUUCACCAAGGCGGACUACAUCAUGCAACGCGAAGCGAACGCUGUAGUAUGUCUGCACAUGAACUAG